UUGGCUCGUUUUAUACUAAACAACAGACAGAUUCACUACUCAGUAUCAUUAUCAUGCAGCGAAAAGAAUUUUGGAUUGAAAUUUGAAGUAGUUUUGGAUACACUUGACUGCAAACUUAAGUUGGAACGUAAAAACAAUUGUACUUAAAACUAUUGUGAGAUUAAGUAGGUCAAUAAGUCAACAGUGAACAUUAAGAAAACAGUACUUAACUCUUGAACUUUAAACCACAGUGGCAUUAACAAGUUAAAGGACUAAGGACUAAGUAUUUAACAAUUUUCCUCUGUAUGUUAUGUCAGAGUGACGUGAGGGACUGUACAGUUUCUAGAAGAUGCUACUGGACGGUAGCUCCCCCGACAUGUUAGCCCAACAGUCCAAGGUGUUGUUCGAGCUCAACAAAUACUACAAUGAGCGGGUGGGGACGCGACAGUCCGGGGUCAUCAAGACCGUCCGGGAGGUGUGCAAGGUCGUACAGGAUGUUCUAAAGGAAGUUGAAGUACAGGAACCGCGCUUCAUCAGCAGCCUCAAUGAGGUGAACGGCCGCUUUGAGGGGCUGGACGUCAUCUCCCCUACAGAGUUCGAGGUGGUACUGUACCUUAACCAAAUGGGCGUCUUCAAUUUUGUAGAUGACGGGACAAUACCGGGUUGUGCUGUGUUAAAAUUGAGUGACGGUAGAAAACGUUCUAUGUCUUUAUGGGUAGAGUUUAUAACCGCGUCUGGUUACUUGUCAGCGCGAAAAAUUAGGUCACGGUUUCAGACUCUAGUAGCACAGGCUGUGGACAAAUGUAGUUAUCGUGAUGUUGUUAAGAUGGUUGCGGACACUACAGAAGUGCGACUCAGAAUCAAAGAACGUUAUGUGGUGCAAAUCACUCCGGCAUUCCGUUGUGGAGGUAUCUGGUCCCGUAGCGCCGCGCACUGGCCGGUGCCACAUGUUCCAUGGCCAAACCCGAACUUGGUAGCGGAAGUUAAAACCGAGGGUUUUGACCUACUUUCCAGAGAGAGUAUUUACAUGAAAGACAAACAGAGUGCUGCCGAGGGUGACGCAUGGUCGAUGUCGUUCAAGUACGCGGAAGACCGCCUUCUAUACGGUGGUUGCCGCCGAAAAUGUUUAAGCAUAUUAAAGGCGCUAAGGGACCGACACUUCGACGUUCCUGGUCAGCCGAUCAUGGCUUAUCAUCUUAAAACUCUGAUGCUGUACGAAUGCGAAAAGCACCCCCGGGAGAUGGAGUGGGACGACACGGGACUCGGUGACCGCAUCAACGGUAUCCUGCUGCAGCUCAUAUCCUGCCUGCAGAACCGCCGCUGCCCACACUACUUUCUACCUAACGUAGACCUCUUCAAAGGCAAGUCCAGCACCGCCAUGGACAACGCCGCCAAGCAGUGCUGGCGCGUACUUAGAGAACUCCUCACAAAUCCAAAAAGUUUAGAUAAACUGUGACAACGUUAUAGCUUUAACCUAAGGGGUGCUUAUAUGCUGACGCUCGGCGAUGUUGGCUGAUAGACACCUGGGUUUGGUGAACUUAUUUAUAUCAUAAAAUUUAUGUGAUUUUUUAAUCAAAUGUCAAAAAGUGCUGGAACCGUUGAUUUGUUUUUAAUUGACGGUACUUGAAGUCUAGUGUGUGUGUUUGAAGUGUUUCCGUGCUGGAUAUAUCAUAACAUGACAACGUCGUGCACGGCAUCCACUAUCCAAGACAAAUAAACUAACGAAACGAUGUUGUAAGUAUACAAUAUCAAAAUAGUGUAAUUUAUAUGAGUUUAAGCAUUUGACAAACUCAAUCAAACUGUUGAAUGUUUGUAUUAAUGCACAGAUGUUUAGGUCUCAGAAUAUACUGCCAGGAAAUGUUAUAGGCGUGAGGCUGUACAUUUUUCGUUUAGCUAGAUGAAAUAUGUGGUGAUAAAUUGUCAUCUUAUCUGCACGUCCAUUUCCCCAAUCCUGAUAAACGAAUGAAUUAUGAACAUAAGACGCUAUGAAAUAUACUUAAUUAAUUCUAAUAAAAUUCUCGUUACUUUGCCUAUCAAAAAGUGCUUACAUAUACUUUCUUUUGUCUCUUCAAAAAGAACACUUUGGACGGCGGUUAUUAUAUAAUCGACAAAAACUGUUACAUUAAUUAUUGUCUUUAAUGCCACUUACUACAACAUGUCAUAUAAAUAUAAAUAAGAAUUCAUGAUAAUAAGACAUACUUUGCUGUUGUAACUAAUUGUUUAAGCUUUUAAUUUCUUGAUUUUUAAUGAAAUAAAUUGUGAAACUUGAUUAAUGCGUUUAUACAAGAAAUAAAUAAUUAAAUAGUUAUAAAUACAACGAAUACGCAUGCCGCUCGAGCAUUUGUACAGAAUUAAUCAAUGCCUACGCUAACUCUCACAUAAACUGUGAAAUAAAAUAUUAUUUUAAUCGAAAUAUAAGAGACUUAAAUUGUGGAAAUUGAGGUUUUAUUCAUAACAUUAACAUACCAAGCUUAUAAAGAAGUGUACAUUAUUGUAAACGAUGACGGUUAGGAUAAAACGAAAUGCAGGUCUCAAUAAGUUACACUUUCGAAGAAAUGUUUUUGCCAAAAAGGAUCUCCAUUAAACAGCCAGACUUUGUAAGAAAUUUGGAUCUUUAAGACUCACCUAUAUAAUUGUUCUAUGUGCCAUUUCAAUAUUGUGAGUGUAAUACGUCUAGAUAAAGUGUUGUGUCUGUGUUAGCCCCAUACAAUUAUGUUAAAUAUCAUGUUUUAAUGGUCGAUAGACAUUCCAUAUUGCCGAACCUGAAGGCAAUGAAUGUCGGACGUUUAUGUUUUCAUAUUUUAACACGCAGAUCUACACCAACAGCAUUAAUAUCUGGAGUGUUUUUACGAACACCACGACAGGCAAAAAUUAAGGAUGUAUAUUGUUGUUUGUGCCGAUGUUUGUUAAGAUUUAUCUCAAAAUGUGUCUGCAUUUAUGUCAGUAUUCUUUCUUGUUUCAUGUAUUUAUUUUUAUGAAAGUAAAAUAAAACAUUUGUUAAAACUUGA